CUCGUUUUCCAAGAUGGUUUCCAAAAUUUUUAAUUCUACCUGUCGAAAGGAAAGGCGACGUUUUAACCUGUUAAAUUAUAGUUUUUAGUGAUACCUAUUCAAAAACAACAUUUUAGAUAUUCGUGUAAUAUAGUUGGUUCUUACAGCGUGUGUUAGAAUACUCAUGAUCCCCUGCUUGUUUUGGAAAAGCAGUUUAGUUAAUUGUAAAUAAUUAGGAAUAAUUAAGAUUUUCGGCGUGACGAGCUGACGAGACUGGGCUGAAAAUUUUAGCCAGGAUUUGAACGAACAACAAGCAACGCGUGGCAUUCAUUUAAACGGAGUCCAACUCUUUUUUACAGAGUCCCGCUCGUAUGACAAAGGUGAGGGAGGUGACGUCACGUCACGUGUCCCAGCAAUGUUGCCAAAAUACUUCAGAUCGCUAUGGCUUUUCCCGAUUUGUCCAAAGUAAAGCGUGGGGAUAAAAACCUUUAUCACACGCAGAUGCUACUAAACAAGAAUGUUUUUUUGGGACAGCUGCCCUUUCACAGACGAUGAUGACGACGAUGUUCCACUUUGCAGUUGUCAGGGUAUUAAUCUCACCAAUUGCCGCUAUGACAGUGUGCGUCGGGCUGCUGACAAGUUAGGCAUUAAAGAGGCGAAGGUAGGUGAAGACUGGACCCUGUUUUGGAGCGAUACCCGUCCUUGUGAGGACAAAUUUAAGGAAAUGAAACCAUACCAGAAAAUCAACCAUUUGCCCUCUAUGACUGAAAUUUGCCACAAAAAUUCGUUAGCAACUAACUGGAAGCACAUGCUCAAGUUUUUCCCCAAAGACUACAACAUUUUUCCUCGAACGUGGACCUUUCCCAUCGAGUACGGCCUCUUCAAAGCCUACGCCAGGGACAAAGACAAAUGUUACAUUUGCAAACCCAAUGCGGGCAGCCAGGGCAAAGGUAUCUCCAUCUUUACGUCGUGGGAGAAGAUCCAGCCGGAACAGGAUAUGAUUUGUCAGGAAUACAUCGACAAGCCUCUGCUUAUCGACGGCUUCAAGUUCGACAUGCGCAUCUACGUGCUGGUGACCUCGUGCUACCCGUGGAGGAUCUACAUGUACAAUGAGGGCCUGGCCCGCUUCUGCACCAUCAAGUAUGAAGAGCCAACCGACGAAAACGUGAAUAACAAGUACAUGCAUCUCACCAACUUUACCAUCAACAAGGACAGCGAGACUUUCAUCGAUGAUGAGAAGACGGGUAGCAAAAGGAAACUGUCGACACUGAAGAAGCAGCUGCGGUCCACCUACAGGAACACGGAGAAGAUCUGGAGCAACAUCGAGGACGGCAUCGUGAAGACGCUGGUUUUGGCUCACUCUCGCAUCCAGCACGGUUACAUCACGCUCUUCUCCAAACACGUGGUGGGCAGCGCCUGUUUCCAGAUCCUCGGCUUUGACGUGCUUCUGGACGAGCACUACAGGCCGUGGGUGCUUGAGGUGAAUCACUCUCCAGAUCUUUCCACCCUGCUCCAGUUAGACCGCGACGUCAAGGACGCCUUGCUUUACGACACGAUGGUGCUUAUCAACUUGGCUCCCUUCGACCGAUGCCGGAUGAUCAAGGAAGAGAAGCGCAAGCUGGAGGAGCGCGUGAAACAGAACGCGCGCAUUGAGGAGAGGUUGGAGAACGAGCAGCAGCGACGGGCGACCAUGGUGGAAGAGAUGGAGAGCUACGAAGACGACCACCUAGGAGGCUUCAAGAGGAUCUACCCCAGCGAGGGAAAGGAGAAAUAUGACAAGUACUUAAAAGUGGAGGACAGGCUCUACAAGAACAAGAACAAUGACGUCACUGGGCAGUUUGAAAAUAUGCAAUCGAAAUAAACCUGCUAGUUGGCAUUUUGAA